CAGACUAUACUCUAUAGAGAUCACUGACCUAACCAACAAGUGCCGCAGUGCCACUACCUUGACAUCCAUAUACCAUGUUUGGAAAGAACCAGAAUAAUUCUCGAGUGUCUGAUCGAAGUCUGGUCGUUAGUCCAAAAUGAAAAAUGAGGAAUCAACUGUUCAACAUGUUUUAUGCUGUAUAGGUAUUAGCAUUUACGCAGAUAUACGUCGACAUUAGCCUGUACCCAUCCUGAUGAGUGGAAAUUCCGGCAUAUAUGGUAUGCACCUGUGCCGCUACAAUAUCCUAGUAUUUCCUAGGACCUCUGUCAAUAAAUCUAUUGAAUAAUUGAUAAUUUUACUUUGUUUCUGAUUCAAGAAACACAUGAACAUAAAUCGCGCUUCAGUACGUUAUCCUUAGCAUUAAUUAUUCCAAAGAUAUUUAUUUGUAAAGAUGUGAAGUUUGUGAGUAAUAACUGGCCCUUGUGCACAGUGGAACUUCUGUUUCAGCGCGCAGAUAUGUCAUAUAAUCUCUGGAAUGCUGUUCCGUAAAGCGUUGUUUGUAGGUCCAAAUUAGAGGCCUGUAAAAGGUAUUUGUUGUUGUGGGGUGUGAAAGCAGUCGAAAUAAAAAGUUGUGCAACCUUCGGGAAAGCUGAGUGAGUGUUUACUGCCGUUUUCAAAUAAGGAAGGUAGUAAUUUAAGGGUGUUUGAUAAUCGAUUGCAUUCACCGCUUAGAAGCCAUUUUAAGUUUUUGUAGUUACCGGGUGUCUUUGCUUUCGGAAAUAACUCGAAUAAACAAGGAAAAGCUACGUGUGUUUACAAGCGUGUAGAUACGUCUUCUUGGCGUUUCAGCAUUUCGCCAGUAAAUAUGAGCUACAGAGAACAGGUGAUGAAAGGUGAUGUUCACAAUAUGAUGAUUGAUCCGACAACCGUCAACUCUAGAAUAUUUAUUGGAAAUAUACCGCCAACUGAUGUCUCAAAGCAAGAUAUAGAAGAAAGGUUUGGGAAGUACGGACCAAUUCUUGGAAUCUCUGUUAACAGGAAGUUUGGCUUUGUGCAAUUUGAAAGAGACAGUAGCGCAGCCGAAGCAAUCAGAAAUGAAAACGGAUCAUUAUUCCGAGGCAGAAAAAUUGAGGUGAAUCCUGCAAGAGUGUAUGGCAAAAGACCACGCCCAAAUGAUGGACCGGGUCCAAGAAGAGCAGAUUCGGCAGAUCGCGCAGACUCUUUCCGGGACCGAUCACCAGUUGAUGACAGGUCUCGCGGUGACAGGCCCGACUGGAGGGACCGGGAGAGAGACAGAGACCGCGAUCGUGAACGUGACCUGGAGAGGGAGCAUGAAAGGUUUGAGAGUUACCCAAAUAAAGGUGGAACAGAUCGUGAUCGCAGUUAUUAUGGUGGGCGAGACACUGGUUUUGGGAACGAUGGUGUCUUUCCAAACACAGAUAAGUUCAUGCCCGGUCCAACAAGAGACGACAGAAUUGGCAGUUUUGGUAGGAAACGACCUGAUUUUUGUCCAUUCAGGAAGGAGCAACCUCCAUUUGGUGGUGCACCUUUCAGACCAGGAAUGGCAGAACCAAGGAACAUUCCACCUAAAGAUGUCCGACCACCAAGUAAUAUUCCGCCAAUGGACCGGACAAAUGAUUGUGAAAUAAUUGUCUGUAACAAGAGUCAGAGGGAAUAUGCCGAAUAUAUUGAACACUGGUUGAAAGGAGUUGGUCUUACUGUUGAUUUAUUAUUCCCAAAUGAGGAAGUGCCCCUAAGUAGGGUACUAGCAAAUAUAGCAAGCCGUGGAACAUUGUAUGCAAUAGUGGUUAUGCCACAGAAUGAAGAGCAUCGCAGUCUCACGUUAAACAUUCUUCAUGGUUUGCCACAAGAACAUCGAAAUAUGCCAUUGGAGGAUGCUAUCCCAAUGAUACAACGUGACUUCAAGGCACACAUGCGUGGCGAGAAACCAGCUGGUCCACCGGUUCCGGGACCAACUCAAGGACCAACUGCUCCUGUGAGUGCAGGGCCGAGUGUGCCAGCUCCUAUAUCAGUGGUACCUGCAGCUCCAUCUGUUGGCCCUUCGCUGUCUGACAGGCAUCCAGAAGCUAUCCAGGUGUUGUUGAACCUGUUGGCAGACAACAGACAGCUGACUGUGCUUCAGUAUGAUCGCAUCAUUCGUUAUCUUCAGGACAAAAGAGAACUCCAGCUGAAGCUUGAACUUGGUGACGCUAAGGACAUGCCACCAGCUAAAGAGCCACCAGCAAAGCAGCAAGUGGAUUUACAACAUCGUAUUCUGAACAUUUUGAACAAUUCAAACAGUGGCACUCCUGGCCACCCCAGCGGCGGUAUUGGCAAUAUGAGUCACCCCAGCGGCGCUAUUGGCAAUAUGAGUCACCCCGCCAGCGCUAUUGGCAAUUUGAGCCAUCCCAGCGGCGGUAUUGGCAGUAUGAGCCACCCCAGUGCUGGCAUUGGCAAUAUGAGCCACCCCAGCGGUGGUAUUGGCAGUAUGAGCCACCCCAGUAGCGGUAUAGGCAGUAUGAGCAGUAUGACUGGUUUGAGUAAUCUCAACAACAUGAGUAACCUCGCCCCUGUUCCUCCGCCCACACCGGUGUCAGCACCAGCCCCAUCCAGCUGGUCAAGUGGCUCUCAACCAAGCACUCCUGCACCUCUCCUGAAUGAUCCAGCUGUACAAAAGGCACUUGACAGCUUAAUGCAAGGCAACCUGCUCCACAAAAUUACACCCACCUCUGCUUCUGGCCAAAGUGUCACUGUAUCCACUUCGUCCACUCUCAGUACGCCACCAGCACAACCACUGUUUGGUGCAUUUGCCUCAUCUGGUCGACGAUUCUAGAUUUAUAUGUCAGUUGUAUCCUCUUGUUCCCCGCAUACCUUUGUAGGUAUAAAGUAGAUAGGAAUGACAGUGUAUAUUUUUAUUAUAAUUAUUUUAGAUCAUGGUGUUCAUGGAUUCAGUGUAGGACACUCAUUAUAAGUUAAGUCGUAUUUGCAUCUUUUUAACAAAAUGUUUGAUGGACUAUUGAUGUGACCAAUAGUAUUUUCCUUUUUUUUGGUUAUGCUGAGAAGAAAAAAAACCAUUUAGCAGGGAAAGUGCACACAUACAUAAAUAAACGGAGGGAGAGAGUGGCUGGGUGUUUGAUGCUUGCAUGUGGUUUGUGUGUGUUGACUUGCAUACGUAAAUUCUCAUGUAAAAGUGACAUACUGAAAUUCAUAUCUUGAGACAGAACAUGCAAACAUGCAGAUAUUUAUAAUCAGUCCAAGUAAUGUUUUUAAUUAAAUUUAUGGUAGUUGUGCUGACCCCAGUACUGUAGAAACUGUUUUGUUUGAAAGGAAAAAAAAACAACAGAAGACUUGUUUUCCUAUGGACAAUUGUUUCUUUUGUGGUUUUUUUUUGUUUUUUUUUUUUUUCCCCUCCCUUCAUAGUGAAUUUUCAUAAACAGCUUCAGUGUCAGUAUGAAUGUUGGCACAAAAAUGAUUACAAAGCUGCAGGCAUAUGAAACGUGGAUAAUCUUAACAAAUAAUUAAUUUUCAAUUGUCAUGUAAAAUAUCUUGACUUAGUAGCUGACCACAGUAAAGUACAAAUUUCUUUAGAAUUUUUAUACUGUGUGUGACUGAAAAUGCCGACAUACUCACGGAAGGUGCUAUGUACAGAUCUGUGGUUUUGUCAUCGUCAGCUGUGCAAAAUUUAAUUGCAUAUUCCUGUGAGUGAAUGCUUGGUAUCUCAGAUCAAAAUGUCAUGACAUAAAAUUAAAUUCGAAUCCAGUGUUAAAGUUUAUUUGCUGGAUGUUACUUGUGGAAUAUUUCAUUGUAUAGAAUGAAGAAAUAAAUGUAAUUUUUUUCUA